GCGACAUUUCUCCUACUUUCUCCUUCGGCUUUCCGUUCAAGACGCACUACCACCAUCUCAUGCGCCCACUGCACAGACCUACACAGGUGGUCCGCGCAAUGUCUAGUUCUUCAGCCUCAUCUCUGUCCAAUUUCUCAUCCUGCGAGAUAUCUGAUGCUCUCAUCAAGCUCGGACUGCCUCACGGAGGUCACAUUCCAGACAUUCAGAUGUACUCGCCGUCUCAGACUUCGGACACGCGACUUUGCGGACCUGCGUAUACUGUACAGAUGGUCCUAGCAUCUGAAAAGUCCGCGCCCAAACUUCCCAACCAUUUUGUUGACACGGUGCCCGACGGGUCUGUGGUUGUCAUCGACGCUCCUCCUGAGGUCAAGAACGCUGUAUGGGGUGGACUCAUGACCGCCGGUGCUCAAGCUCGCGGCGCGCUCGGCGUAAUCAUCUCAGGACGCUGCAGAGACCUCGCCGAACAUCGUAGCGCCAACUUCCCUGUCUUUGCGAAGGGACAUUCUACUCUUGGUCAAUCGCCAUUCACCCGACCCUCCGCUAUAAACGUUCCCUUGAGCAUCAAGGCCUGGAGUCCUCUGACUGGUUCAGACGGUGGAUCAUUCCCUCCUGUGGAUGUGCACCCCGGCGAUUGGAUGGUAGCAGACGAAGAUGGAGUUGUGUGCGUUCCACAGGAUCUGAUCUCGAAGGUGUUAGAAUUAGCUGCUAAAGGAAGGGAGGUGGAUGAGAAGUGUAUGCAGGAUAUCCGAUUGGGGAUGGGCGUACAAGCUUCGUUCAAGAAGCAUCGAGGCAAGUAGACUCGGGAAAUGUGGAUAUACAAUAGAGGAGAUAGAAACUCAGAAUCGUUUCAUACAAUGUUUACCGUGAAACUUAAGCUGCAGGUACGACAAUACGACAAUAAGGAUUCAACAAAAGCCUCUUGAAAAUGAAUACAUAUGUUAUGUCUAGGAUACAAAUGGUGGUUGAUAGCGGUCUGUGCUGUAUGGAUGUUAUAUCUCGUUCUCUGUGCUUAGCGUGCUGUGAUGCAAGAAAUACUUCGAUGUCCUUUCAAUUCAUCCUCCAGUCCGUUGGAUUUUGAAUCCACUCAUAAACCAAGAAAAGCUCCAGACGCGGGAUCAUUCAGAUGCCGUUGAGGUCUGCAUUACGACAGAGAUGUGGAGGAAGGAACUCUGG